GCGGGGGCCCUAUAUCCGGUGUCCGCCCGCCCUCCAUCCCGCUCCCUCCGCGAUGCUGUCCCCGGUCUCGCUGCGUGUCCCGGGCGUUCAGCCCGCUCGCUUUCUGCCUUCCAGAAGGGGAACUGCCCUCUAGGGAGACGUUCCCUGCCUGGGGUCUCCUUAUGUCAGGGACCAGGUUACCCUGACAGCAGGAAGAUGGUCAUUAACAACAGUAGUGUCUUCAGUGUUCGCUUCUUCCAAACCACGACUGUGUGCAAGAAUGAUGUGAUUACAGUUCAAACCCCAGCGUUUGCAGAAUCAGUUACAGAGGGAGAUGUCAGGUGGGAGAAAGCUGUUGGAGAUACAGUUGCAGAAGAUGAAGUGGUUUGUGAGAUUGAAACUGACAAGACUUCUGUGCAGGUUCCAUCACCAGCAAAUGGCAUUAUUGAAGCUCUUUUGGUACCUGAUGGGGGCAAAGUUGAAGGAGGAACUCCUCUUUUCACACUCAGGAAAACUGGUGCUGCUCCUGCUAAGGCCAAACCAGCGGAAGCUCCUGCUGCAGCCCCAAAAGCAGAGCCGCAAGCACCGGCAGUCUCUCCUCCCUCUGUAGCAGCUAUGCCCACCCAGAUGCCACCAGUGCCCCCACCCUCACAACUUCCUUCUAGCAAACCAGUUUCUGCAAUAAAACCCACUGCUGCCCCUCCCCUGGCUGAGCCAGGAGCUGCUAAAGGUGUGCGCUCGGAACAUCGGGAGAAAAUGAACCGGAUGCGGCAGCGCAUUGCUCAGCGUCUGAAGGAAGCCCAGAAUACGUGUGCAAUGCUGACCACCUUUAAUGAGGUUGACAUGAGUAACAUCCAAGAGAUGAGAGCUCGGCACAAAGAUGCUUUCCUGAAGAAACAUAACCUCAAACUCGGCUUCAUGUCGGCAUUUGUAAAGGCCUCUGCCUUUGCCUUGCAGGAGCAGCCGGUUGUAAAUGCAGUGAUUGAUGAUGCAACCAAAGAAGUGGUGUAUAGAGAUUAUAUUGACAUCAGUGUUGCUGUUGCUACUCCAAGGGGUCUCGUGGUUCCUGUCAUUAGGAAUGUGGAAACUAUGAACUAUGCAGAUAUUGAACGGACCAUCAGUGAACUAGGAGAGAAGGCCCGAAAGAACGAGCUUGCCAUUGAAGAUAUGGAUGGUGGUACUUUUACCAUUAGCAAUGGAGGAGUUUUUGGGUCACUGUUUGGAACACCCAUUAUCAACCCUCCUCAGUCUGCCAUUCUGGGCAUGCAUGGCAUCUUUGACAGGCCUGUGGCUGUGGGAGGCAAGGUGGAAGUGCGACCUAUGAUGUAUGUAGCCCUGACCUAUGACCACCGGUUGAUUGAUGGCAGAGAGGCUGUGACCUUCCUCCGAAAAAUCAAGGCAGCAGUAGAAGAUCCAAGAGUCCUCCUCCUAGACCUUUAAGAGGAAGCCACGCCCCCUACCUAUCGAUCAUGCAGGAACUGAAAACAGUCUUCUCCCUGUCCCUCAUCAGUCCCAGAGUUCGCCUGGCAACAGGCAGGCACCAUACUGUUGGCCUCAAGCAAGGAAGCCAGGGCACUGUAUAACCAGCUUUCACAGGUCUUUCCUUCGUGUUCCUUCUAGACUCUUCCUCUCCCUCUCUGCGUCCUUCUCUUGAGAGAGAGAGUGAGAGCCCUAGUGGACGCCCAUUGAUAUCCCGCCUUUCUCCCAGCCCUCUGCAGAGACAGCUUUGUUUCUCCCCAGGGACAGUACUACAGGGACGCCGCCAGGGACCAUGAGACCAAGUUUGUCUUUGGAAAGUGUUCUCCAGAGAUGCCUACGGGGUGCUCUGCCUCCCAGGCUCUAAGCCUCUGUCCCAGCUGUGCAUAUUCUCAGCUGAUGCCACCUGUGUGGAGAUACCGGACACAGGCAAAGAGGCGCUACUUUACUUCUUGAAUGCACCACCAUUCUCAGCUGUCAGUGGCUUCAUGGUGCCUCUCUACCUCUCCAGGAAGCCCAGGCCCGGGGGCCUUGGGGAUAGACAACGUGGUGCGGAGUCCCCUGAGGUUACCUUUUAUAAUCCCAGAUGGGGGUAGAAAGCUGACUUGCCUCACAGGCUUCAUUGUAAGCUCACACUGGGAAGAUUCAUUUUGGCGUAAUCAUAUACAAUUCUGGUCAUACCAAC